CCCAUAUAUAUUUGUAGCGCCGAACUUAACCUCCCUCUCUUUUUAUCUCUCCGCAAAGACCUGACGCAGACAACCAGUCUCUCAAGCUUCUAACCGUUUAGUGUUUUAUCAUUUUACCGAGAUCUAAUCAUGGCGGAUGUUGAACCAGAGGUUGCUGCGGCUGGAGUCCCAAAGAAGAGGACGUUCAAGAAGUUUGCCUUCAAGGGAGUUGAUCUCGAUGCUCUUCUCGAUAUGUCUACUGAUGACCUUGUCAAGCUCUUCCCUUCUCGUAUUCGCAGAAGGUUCUCUAGAGGAUUGACCAGGAAGCCAAUGGCUCUGAUUAAGAAGCUUCGUAAAGCGAAAAGGGAGGCACCACAAGGAGAGAAGCCAGAACCAGUGAGAACCCACCUCAGGAACAUGAUCAUCGUCCCUGAGAUGAUCGGAAGCAUCAUUGGAGUUUACAACGGAAAGACAUUCAACCAGGUUGAGAUCAAGCCUGAGAUGAUUGGUCACUACUUGGCUGAGUUCUCCAUCUCAUACAAGCCGGUUAAGCACGGUAGGCCUGGUGUUGGUGCUACCCACUCCUCCCGUUUCAUUCCCCUCAAGUGAAGAAGAGCUUGUUAUACUUCGGGAAUGUGUCCUAUCUUUACAUGGCCUUUUUGUUGUUGUUUUAUGAUGCUGGAACUUAUUUAGAUAUUUCUCAAUCUUGCAAUCAAAUGUUAUUGACUUCCGUUAUCUGC